ACAAGCAAGAAAAUUCAGAAUCUUUACAUUUGUCUGAUCUCUUAAUUACAACAAAACCAUUUGUACUAAAAUUUCGGAUAAAUGGGUUUUGUGAAAAAAGUGCAAUCAAAAGUUUUUUUAUAUGUAAACUAUUUGUUUGGUGUUUGCAUAGGUGCGAGUCCGAAGUAUAUGAGCUCAGAGGCAAAUGAUACACAAAGCAUGGGAAGCAAAUGCUCUUCUGUGUCUGUCAGAACAAGCCCUCGAACCGAAGGAGAGAUCUUGCAAUCUCCAAACCUAAAAUGUUUCAGCUUUGCUGAGCUCAAAGCAGCAACUAGGAAUUUCAGACUAGACAGUGUUCUUGGUGAAGGUGGAUUCGGUUGCGUCUUUAAAGGAUGGAUUGAUGAGGAAUCUCUCACUGCAUCUAAACCGGGAACCGGAAUGGUUAUUGCUGUCAAAAGACUCAACAAAGAGGGUUGGCAAGGUCAUCAAGAAUGGCUGGCGGAAGUGAAUUACUUGGGGAGGCUUUCUCAUCCUAAUCUUGUGAAACUCAUCGGUUACUGCUUAGAGGAUGAACAUCAUCUUCUUGUGUAUGAGUUCAUGCCUUGUGGAAGUUUAGAGAAUCAUUUAUUCAGAAGAGGUUCCUACUUCGAACCGUUAUCUUGGAAUCUUCGGUUGAAAAUUGCUCUUGGUUGUGCGAAAGGUCUAGCUUUUCUUCACAGUGCCGAGACGCAAGUCAUAUACCGUGACUUCAAAACCUCUAAUAUACUUCUUGAUUCGAACUACAAUGCUAAGCUAUCUGACUUCGGUUUGGCUAAAGACGGUCCAACAGGUGAUAAUAGCCAUGUCUCUACAAGGGUCAUAGGUACCUAUGGAUACGUAGACCCUGGUUACCUUUUGAACGGUCAUUUAACAACCAAGAGUGAUGUCUAUAGCUACGGUGUUGUGCUUUUGGAGAUGUUGUCUGGACGUAAAGUUGUGGACAGUAAUCGUCCACCGAGAGAGCAAAAACUAGUGGAUUGGGCAAAACCAUUACUUGCAAACAAGAAGAAGGUUUCACGAGUUAUCGAUAACCGUAUCCGAGAUCAAAUCUCAGUGAAAGAAGCACAUAAAGUAGCUACUCAAGUGUUCAGAUGUCUCGACGUUGACAAAAACCAGAGGCCAAACAUGACCGAGAUUGUUUUUCACCUCGAAAACAUCCAAGCUUCGCGUGAAGCAGGAGGAAAUAAGACCGAGAAAAGAAUGCGUAGGAGAAGAGACAGUUUUGCUCAACAAACCGGUGUGGGCGGGAUAGCAACUGCUUAUCCACGUCCGUCUGCUUCGCCUCUGUUUGUCUGAGAAGGAAACGAUGAUGUUCUGCUCUGUUUAGUUCAGAUGUACAGUUUUGGUUCGGCUUAUGCACCCAAGGGAUUCAAGUUCAUUGCUCGUCAGAGAUUUGACAAUUGAUCUUUGGUGUGAGAGUUGUUUAACAUAAAGUAUAAAUGAUCUCUCAUGUCUUCAACUUCAAGCUUUGUCAUAUUAUGCACGACAAGGGGGACAAAGAAAUACUUUCAUAUAUAUAUUUACAAAGCAAAAUGCACAACAAAGCAAUUUCGGUAGUAACAAACAAAAGAAUUUUUUGCGUUUCCUACUUUCAGUUCUUUGACUAAGAAGAUUGUGGACAGUGAAACAAAACUCUGUGGAUGU